AUGUCGUUGAACAUCCAAAAAGUACAGAAGUUUUUCGCCAGCUAUCCGACCACCACUUUUCUCGUAGUGGGGGCGCUGAGCGACGAGUCCAAGUUUGGCUUCAAAGUUUUAAAGUGGUACCUAAGCCAUGACUUGACGGUAGUGCCUAUUAACCCCAAGAGCAAAACAAUCGCCGAUGUUCCGGUUUCUGCCAAUGUCUCUGCGGCUAUCCGCCUGGCCUUGGGUUCCUCGGAUGCGGGGAUUGCCCUUUCGUUCAUCACACCACCGGCGGUCACGUUGAACACAUUAAAGGAAUUGGGCAGGCACGAGGGCUACCAGCAGUGGUUGCGUGGGGUUUGGUUCCAGCCAGGAAGUUUUGAUCUGAGCGUGCUUGAUUACACGGAUGAGUUGGGUGUGUACGACCGUGUCGUUGAGAACGGUGACUGCAUUUUGGUCGUGGGUGAGCAGGGAUUGCAAAGCCAACGGUCGCCGACCCCAAAUUUGUAA